AUGGCCGACGAGGCGACCGUCGCUUCUGCCCCAGCUGCUGAGCCAGCCCCCCCUAUCACGACCGAGCCCACGCCCGCCGUGACAACGCAGACCAACGGUGAGACGGAGGACAAGAAGGAGGACAAGCCUGCUGAGGCGGAGAAGCCUGUCGAGACGGCGCAGACGAACGGUGAUAAGGAACCCGAGAGCGACAAGCCAGCAGAUGAGCCGGCCAGGUCAGACGAGAUUGAAGAUGCCUCGACUCUCGACGCGACCCCGGGCGGCAGCAAAGACAAGAAGAGAAAGUCCAUUGGCGGCGUCCCCGAGCAUAAGGCGAAGAAGCUUAACAAGAAGAAGUCGAUGCCGACGCUGCACCUCGAAUGCAAGCCGGGUGACUUCUACUGGGCGCGUCUCAAGGGAUACCCGCCGUGGCCCGCCGUUAUCUGCGACGAGUCGAUGUUGCCGGAGUCCCUUCUCGCCUCUCGCCCUGUGAGCACUGCUCGUCCUGACGGCUCGCUGCGAGACGAUUUUAAGGAAGGUGGCAAGAACGCCAAGGAGCGCACCUUCCCCAUUAUGUUCAUGUUCACCAACGAGUUCCAAUGGAUGGUCAACACCGCCCUAACGCCCCUCGAUCCAGAAGAGUGCAAGACGAUGCCACAGUCGAAGAUGACGAAGGCUCUUCAGAAUGCGUAUAAGGUUGCAUCGGAGAACCACGAUCUUCAGUACUUCAAGGAUAUUCUCAAGCAAUUCCAGGAAGAAGAAGAGCUGUUCCAGAGACAACAGGCUGAGGCAUUGGCCGAGGCCGAACGCAUCGAGGCUGAGAGGGCAGCGCAGGCUGAGAAGGAUGCCGAGGAGGGUGCCUCGGCCCCAAAGACGAAGAAGAAGGCACCACGCAAGAGCAAGGCAGCAGACGAGGAUGUCGAGAUGGAGGACGCUGACGUGCCAAAAUCGAGCAAGAAGCGCAAGAGCGCGGCGGAUAGCGACGGAGAGAAGCCUAAGAAGACGCCCCGAGUUACGAAGCUAAAUGCGCCCAAGACCCCGAACGGCGAAGCAUCUGGAUCUAAGAAAUCAUCUGCCAAGCCGAAGAAGAAGGUCGUCACGGCGCCCAAAGUCGAAGAAGAGGACGAAACGAAGCCCCAGAUGUCGGAGGAAGAGAAGCUGGCAGCACGUGAGAAGGCCAUCCUUUACUUGCGGCACCGUCUGCAAAAGGGAUUCCUCUCUCGCGAUUCAACCCCACAGGAGAGCGAGAUGCCUGGUAUGGCAGAGUUCUUCUCUCAGCUGGAGGCCUACACCAACCUGGAGCCGUCCAUCAUCCGCGCGACCAAGAUCCACAAGGUCCUGAAGGCUAUUGUGAAGCUCGUCUCUGUGCCUCGAGACGAUGAGUUCCACUUCAAGAAGCGAUCGUCUGCAUUGCUCGAGGUCUGGAAUAAGAGCAUGGAAGAAGCUCCACCAGCCACGGCUGAGGACGCUGCCGCUGCAAAGGCACCUGCUGUCGACUCCACUGCCGAGCCUGUGCCAGAGCCUGCCGCCGCUGCUACCGACGCAGAGUCGAAGGAAGAAGCUGCUGCCGAUGAGAAGAAGGCAGAUCCAGUAGAGAAGCCUGCGGAUACGACUGACAAGCCAGCAGAGAAGGCGAACGACGAAGCAGCGGAGAAGCCCAGCGAGCCCAGCGUUGAAGCGAAGACAGACGAGAAAGAUGAGAAGGAUGAGACGGUUGGUGACGUAGGCGACGUGAGCAUGCACACUGCGCCUGAGGAUGUCCCGACCUGA